AUGGCCUCAGUCGUCAUCCAGUUUUGCAGUUUUUCUGUUGUGCUCCCUCAGAAUUUCAAGGGAGGCGUGAAGGGAAAAGUGACGGAGCGGUUUUCUUGUGUGGUGCCACAGAUCUCUAUUCGUAACCCCCGAGGACUCUCAGAUGAACAGAUCCACAAGAUUUCACAGGCACUGGGCCAUGUAGCCAAGGCUGGGCUGGGUACUGCCAUGCUCUAUGAGCUCAUCGAGAAAGGAAAGGAAAUUCUACAUGGCCAGUGUGUCAUCUGCCUCUAUGGUUUCCAGGAGAACGAGGCCUUUACAAAAACACCCUGUUACCACUAUUUCCACUGCCACUGCCUUGCUCGGUACAUCCAGCACAUGGAGCGUGAGCUGCAGGCUCAAGGACAGGAGCAGGAACAGGAACGGCAUCAUGCCGCAACCAAACAGAAGGCUGUUGGUGUGCAGUGUCCAGUGUGCAGAGAGCCCCUCGUGUAUGAUCUUGCCUCACUAAAAGCAGCCCCUGAACCCCAACAGCCCAUGGAGCUGUACAAGCCCAAUGCAGAAAGCUUGCGCCAACAAGAAGAGCUCAGGCGGCUCUACCAGAGGCAACAGGAAAGGGGGGGCAUCAUUGACCUAGAGGCUGAACGUAACCGGUACUUCAUCAGCCUCCAGCAGCCACCUGCCCAUGUGGAACCUGAGUCAGCUGUAGAUGCCUCCAGAGGAUCCCAACCACUCAGUGCUCUUGCCACAGAACUGUCCCCUUCAUCAACUGCCCAACCUACCCAGUCAGCUCCUCUGCCUGUGGCUUCCCAGUAUAUGUGCGAGAAGAUUCCAGGGACUGGGCCAAGUCAGCAAAGGUUGAGCGAGACGCAGAAAACUAUCCUGGAUACUCCCCGGGCCAACCGAGGCCCCUGGAGACAGCCUGAACGGAGGCACCUGAAGGGAGGGGAAUACAAUGCCCACAAAGGUACCAGUGACACCCAGGAACUGCCACUUCCUGAGAGGCCCAAGGAGUCCAUGGACGUAAAGCCAGAAGAACCCCAUAACCAAGGGGUUGGAGGUCCUUCCCAAGAGAAUGGGCCUGGCAACUGGCAGGGUCCCCCGCCCCGCAGGACUCGGGACUAUGCUCGCUGGGAGCGUUCUAAGAGUCGGACACCAGGUUCUUCCUAUCCCCGCCUGCCUCGGGGUCGGGGAACCUAUCCACCUGGCACUCAAAGGGAGCCCUUGAGCCUGGAAUCGGAGGAUGGUUCCUAGCAGUACUAUGGUGGGACAGGGAAAUGGGGGUAGGAGGGGGGCAAUAAAGAGAUUUGGCCUUGA